AUGUUGGAGAUUUCGAUUAACAUGAUCGGUGUCUGCUGCAAAGACUUCCUUGAUGACCUUGCCAGCAGAGACCAACGGACGAUUAGACUGGCAUACACAUACGUCUCAUUCUUCAUGGCGGUGGGAAAUGAACUAGGUUACUUCACCAUCUUUUUUAGGAAAUUCGAUGAUAUAUUACCAUCCACGGUGACAAAAGCAUGCCACGGGCUCUGCGCAAAUGUGAAAAUCAUAUCAAUUUUUUCGAUCCUUCUUCUACUGUUCUUGAUGGCUGUUUCUCUGUCCUACAUCCAAUACAAGCCGGCAUUACCUAAGGAGGAGUCACGUGAGAGGGAAGAGGAAGAUGAUAGAUAG